CGCAAUCAGACUGUACACAAAUCUGACUUCUGAUCCAAAUUCAAUGCCAUUCAAUGUUCGUCUGCGAUUGUUGAAAGUUUAAACAAAUUGAUCAGCGCACAAAAACAACCGUCACCAUGGGCAAUAAAUCGUCGCUUUUCCUGCGCAACGAGGAGAUCGCGCAAAUCCAGGAGGAAACUGGCUUCACACCCAACCAAAUUGAGAGGCUGUACUCGCGAUUCACCUCGUUGGAUCGCAACGACUGCGGAACUCUGUCCCGGGAGGAUCUGAUGAGGAUACCGGAGCUUGCCAUCAAUCCGCUAUGCGAGCGGAUAGUGCACUCAUUCUUCGCCGAGAGCAACGACGAUAGGGUUAACUUUCGGCAGUUCAUGAAUGUUCUGGCCCACUUUCGACCGUUGAGGGACAACAAGCAGAGCAAACUGAACAGUCGCGAGGAGAAGCUGAAGUUCGCCUUCAAGAUGUACGAUCUGGAUGAUGAUGGUGUGAUCAGCCGAGACGAGCUGCUGUCCAUUCUGCACAUGAUGGUGGGGGCAAACAUAAGCCAGGACCAGCUGGUGAGCAUUGCGGAAAGGACGAUCCUAGAGGCAGAUCUGUGCUGCCAAGGCAAGAUCUCAUUCGAGGACUUCUGCAAGGCCCUGGACCGCACUGACGUGGACCAGAAGAUGUCCAUACGGUUUCUUAACUAAGUUAGAGUCAGGAGUCACUAUGAAAGAGCAGGGUUCUUAGUCAGUGUUUACCAAAUAGUUUAGGUUGGAGUCAGUCGAGAGGCAUACCGUUGUGUUACUGAAACCUCUGAUGAUUUUAAAACAGUAGUGUAGGGGCUUAUAAAAAUGAACUUGGUGUGUUUAUGAAAUGUCUAAAACUCUUAAUAUAAUGGAAAAAGCGUCUCAAAGCGUUUUAUAAAGGCUUUAUAAUGCUUUCUAUUUAAAAAAAUGUGAUAAAUCAUUGCUUGGCUUAUACAUUUUCUAAGAUUCCUUCAAACUUGAAAAACUAAUGGUUAACUCAUAGAUAAAAUUUAACCAUCAAAUUAUUGUUUUAAAAUCGUCAUAUGUUUCAGAAACACUCCGGCUUAAGUUGUAUUAGUAAUUGUUAUAGAGGAAGGAACACAGUUUUCUUUUUGUUAAAACCUUGUUUUGUCAAUAGCAAACUCAUUCCGCUGAACGUAAUUUCUAAUUGCAUUUUGUGUUUAGCUGCUUCUGAAUAAAAGCCAAGCGGAGUGUCACAUAA